AUGGAAAAGGAUGUUGACACUCUUGAACCGCGUGACGCAGACUCGACCACUUUCAGCAGACCUUUGCCAGCUGGUCAGCGAUUAGGUGCUUCCCGGUCUGUUGAAGCGCCUCCACUUCGCGGCCAAGCAGUGCACUCUUCCGCCUUGAAGGGAAAAGAAGAAGAGGAGGAGGAGGAAGCGGAAGAAGAUGAAGAGGAGGAAGAAGAUUAUGAAGAAGAAGACGAAGAAGAAGAAAAGAAAGAGGACGAGGAAGAGGACGAAGAAGAGGAGAAAGACGAAGAAGAAAUGGAUAAUAAGGAGACCGAGGAAAGAGUGGAGAGUGAGAAUGCUGGUAUUGCGACGUUCGUAGUUGGAAGGGUUGGAGAAAGAGCUUCAGGAAUCAGCGCAUCUGGGGUCAGAACCGAAACAGAGGAACUCAUGAAGCUAGGCCGCUCCGACCCUCUUAUGCCUUCGACCGAGCUAGAUCUUCAGCUCCCGAUGUCUGACGCAAAGGAGGAAAAGGCGUCGACAGAUCCACCAUCAGCCAUUUCAGCAAUUCAGAUGGCACAUCUGCCGCUUCCCUCCACCAGACUCGACCGGAAACGACUUCGUAUGUAG